GUCUGGCUCAGCGGAGGAGCAUCUUGAAAGUUUUUCAACAUCACGCCAAUGUUGUUACUUUUUCACUGUCCUCCAGAACUCUCAAACUACGUUCCGUUAUUUUAGGGAUAAUUUGUCUCAUUUCUAUGUCUGGAUAACCUCAACAACAUCGUUUUGUUUAAGAUAUUCAGGUGUUUGCUGGUUUCAUCUGUCGACAGCAGAAAAUGAACGACACAUUCCCCCUAACCAGAAAGAAGAAGUGAAGGAGUGGGGAGAUCGUUGGAGAGAGGAGAGAGAGAGAGACUGAAGAGGGUCUAAACUGAAGGAGUGACCGGAGAGAAUACUUAUUGCAGACACCAUGUCUGUCUCCACCAGCAAACAGGAGAGAACCCUGUGUGUUCUGCUCCCUAAUAAAGAACAGCUGGACAUCACUGUGGGGGUCAAGUCCACAGGGCAGGAUGUGUUCAAUCAGGUGUCUGAGCUCCUUGGAAUAAAAGAGCUGCACUUCUUUGGCCUGACAGUGGUGAAAGACAAUGAGCACAUCUUUCUGGACAUGGAAGAUAAGCUGACCAAGUAUUUCCCUAAGGAAUGGAAGCAAGAUUCAGGGAAGGGGUUACAGAAGAGAUCCCUCCCCCUGGUACUCUGCCUCAAGGUGCAGUACUAUGUGGAGAACGGCAGGCUCAUCUGUGAGCGGAAGACGAGGCGUCUGUACUUCUCUGACCUGAGGGAGAGGGUGUUGCGUUCUGAGUGUCGUCAGCAGGAGGAGGUGUACUUCCAGCUGGCUGGGUAUGCUCUUCAAGCUGACCUGGAGGACCAUCCCCUGCCUGGGAAGAACCAGGGAGGCACCCGUUACUUCCAACCCAAAGAGUACUUCCCUCCCUGGAUUGUGGCGAAGCGUGGGGUGGACUACCUGCUCUGUCACGGUCCCAAGGUACACAAGGAGCUAUGGGGCAUGACGCCACGUGAUGCGGUACUCCACUUCAUCAAAGAGGCCUGUCGUCUCGAGGACGUCCCCGUCACCUUCUACAGGCUACAGAAGGACAAGAAAGAAGAGAGAGGCACAGCUCUGCUGGGGCUGACCCUCAGAGGAAUGCAGCUUUAUCAGGAGGCGGACAACAUCCGCCAGCCUCUCUAUGAUUUCCCCUGGUCCAACGUGGGACGACUCACCUUCCUGGGGAAGAAAUUUGAGAUCCAGCCAGAUGGUCUGCCGUCGGCCAGGAAGCUGGUCUACUACACUGGGUCUCCGUUUCGCUCGCGCCACCUCCUCCUGCACCUCAGCAACAGCCACCGACUCUACCUCAGUCUCCAGCCUGCCCUCAAACACCUCCGACAGCUAGAGGACAGCGAGGAGAAGAAGCGCUACAGGGAGUCGUACAUCAGUGAUGACCUGGAUCUAGACCAUCCAGGGGGCAGCGAGGGGGGCAGCCCCGGCCUGUCCCGGCACUCUACCUCCAGCUCGGGCAUCGAGGCAGACCGCGAUGCGACACAGCAACACAGCAGCAUCUCCAUGGAGAUGGCGUCCAUGGAGGAGGAGACUGAGCUGAGGAAGAGGAUGGUGAAGUGUUUCAGUUCGGCGGCGAGUCACGGGAGUUCUCACACUUCGGGCGUGGACACGGGCAGCAAAGCACGCACUGAUGAAGAGGAGUGGCAGGAGGAAGGUGAGGGAGGAGAGACCCAGCAGGCCAGUGUGGACAGUCCAGGAGAGGUUUCCGUGGACGACCCAGAGGAAAUGCUGAGAUUGGCUGAGCUGAUGGAGGGCGUGUCAGUUGAUUGUCCCGUGCUCACCUCAGAGACUCAUUGUGAAGGUGAGGUUGAUUGUCCCGUGCUCACCUCAGAGACUCAUUGUGAAGGAUUCAAGGGGGAUCAGGUAGACAGAGAUGAAGACCUGGUGACACUACGCAGCAAAGAUACCCUGGGACAGAUCCUGAAGUCAAGAUCCCAUUGCGUGGACCGCCACAGCCAGAGCCUGGAUGACGUUCGUUUCUUCCCCCCUCCCGCCCCCCUCGGCACGACUCUACCCCCUGACUCCUCCCACAGCUACACCUUUGGCCUGCCCCUCCCGGACUCCCAGAGUGACGCUAAGAGCCCCCCAGGGUGUAACAACGGAGGCUACUACCUCCCCCUCCACUGCCCUGCUAAAGGCACCUUCUACGGACACAGGUCUAUGAACUGCUUGUCUCUGGAUCUACUGGGAGACGAACAGCUGUUGGAGUUCAUACUGUAGAA